AUGCAGGCUUGUCGCAAUUUUGAGCGCAACUAUCCCAUACGCGAUGUGCACUGGCAUCCCUGGGAAGCACAAGUUAUUUCUUCCGGCUUAAAUGCUUGUCUCGCAUGCUGGGUGCACAGGGGUCAUUCGGCUGGUCCUAGGCAUGCUCCAUUGCCUCCUUUCAAUCCUCCAUCACACAAUUCAGCCGCGAAUUCAAUUUCUGCUGCUUCUUACCAUGGCCAUCACAGCCACGGCAACUCAUCUCCUCCGGAACACGACCAUCACUACCAGGAGCUUCUGGAGUCUUCCCCUUCUAACUCUGCUCUUUCUACUCCCUCUUCUGUCGUUUCUGAC